GUAUAGACGGCGCCAUGGCAUGCAUAGAGAAAUUACCAUGUGAUGAAAUAUGUCCGAACGGAGGUGAUCCAUAUGUAGAAGAUGGUGUUGGAACAGUGUUCUGUUCAGGAGCUCUCCUGACAUCAGAAUACUAUGCAACGAGAAUAAAGCAUUGUCCCAGAGGAUAUGAAUGCACUGCGCUAGAUUCGAGUGGUCUAUUGGUGUGCUGUCCUAUCAGAGAUCCGAUUGGAUGCCCCUGUCCUCGCAUUCCAAUAGAUAGCUUUCCAGUAUGCCUAUCCAACUGUGACAAUUGUAUGAACCAUCCGCCAUACGACAUUUGUUGCAUUGAUGAGAAAGCGUGUCCAGGAGGCUGUGUUGGAUUCAUUAAUACUGUUGGUUACUGUAGAUAUGAUUGUGAAUACUUUAUGCCAGGAGAUACUAUAACAGUACCACUAUGCACAGAAUGUCAAUGCACAAACGCCGAAUGGGACCCCUGUACCACAGACCCAUCUUGCACUUGUGUUACCCCACAAACGGACGAUGUGGGUAAUGUAGUCACGUGUUUGACAGAUGCAGAUUGCUUGCAUGUAUAUGGCUUCACAUGCAUUGAUAGGAUAUGCUGUAACGGUG